AACCGCUGAGAUCUACUGAGAUCCAUGAAGAUCCACUGUUAGAGCCAAAGUGUUUCAUUUAUCCGGAUUUACACUGCAAACUGUGGAUUUAUCAACUCAUAUCUACCACCAUUUACACACCAGACGUAUAUAAACGAAUAUAAUAAUAAAAAAAGAGAAACUGGCGGGUGAUUUCCGCUGAUGGAGGAUGACGAGGAGGACUCACCCUUAUCGAGUAAGCAGCUUGAGAUUGAGGACACAGCCAGUAGAGAGAACAAACCGCUAAUUCACACAAGGCAGCGCUGUCGGAUCUCGGGUUCCGUCCCAAACACAGUUGGUUCACUUCACGGAGCUAUGGGUUUAGGAUUUGUCUCAAUACCAUCUGAUUCAGCAGAGUAUUCACAAACUAUUCUGCAUGGUUUAAAUUUCCUCCCAGGCGGUGAUGCUGAGUUCGUUCCUCACUGUCCGGCUGUAGCUGAGGACUUGGGAGAUGAAGAGCAGCAGGAUGAAGGAAAAAUGGAAGAGGAGGAAGAGGAAGAUCAGGAAAGGAUGAAUGUGGAAGUGCAAAUUGGACGGAAACUACGUCAGAUUGGAGAUCAGUUUCAAGAGGAGCACAUGCAGCUGUUUGUGCAGUAUCAGAGAGACCAGCUGCCCAUGUGGUGGCGUUUAACAACGAGGCUUUACAACUUCCUCUUUGUGAGGGAAGCGUUCCGACCUGGUGGAGGUCACUGAUGAAAAGUCAGUUUGUUACCCAGUUAUCCUCGACCUCUUCUGCAUAUGCGCCCUUUCGAGAGCACCUUGAUGAGCCUGUGUGGAACAUUUUUGGAGUCGCCGCUGGACGGAGACUUUUUGUCCUAUCGGUGAAGAAGAAGCCAUCUUUAACGUGGAGCCAGAAUUUUUUGAUGCUGAUUUUUUUAUUGAUACAAGAACAGACAUUGUUUCAUGAUCUAUGAAUGCCUUACUAUUAAGAGUGGAACCAUGUUUGAAAUGAAGAGCUGAUUCAGAGAUUAAAAGACUUAAAGAAGGUUCCACAAAUCGGAGAACAUGAGAUGGAUGCCUGUCUUUCUUUCUUUCUUUUUUUUAGUUUUUGACCGGUUUGAUUUCUUUACUGUAAAUAUGAGACUUUUGUGCAGGAGAUUCUGCUGAACAAUCAUUUUUCAACUCAGUCUAAAAUGAAAAUUAUUGAUGUCGCCUUAAAAUCCAUUUUAA